CUCCGCCGCCGCGCCCUUCCAAUCUCGCGCCGAUGCGGCGGCGGCGACGGCCCCGCGGCGGCGGAGGCGGCGGCGGCGGAGGAAGAGGAGGUGAGCGGGGAUAAGGGCUGCGUCUUCUGCGCGAUCGUCCGUGGCGAGUCCCCGGCGUUCAAGGUUUAUGAAGAUGAUGUAUGCCUAUGCAUUUUGGAUUCCAAUCCAUUGAGUCACGGGCAUUCCCUUAUCAUUCCAAAAUGUCACUUUCCUUCAUUGGAAGCAACUCCUCCACCCGUAGUAGCUGCCAUGUGCUCGAAGGUACCAUUUCUUAGCAAUGCUAUCAUGAAAGCUGCUCAAUGUGACUCAUUUAAUUUGGUGGUCAACAAUGGAUCUGCUGCAGGACAAGUUAUAUUUCAUACUCACUUCCAUAUUAUUCCUCGUAAAGCCGGCGAUCAGCUAUGGCCUUCUGAGAGCUUUAGGAGGCGGCCGCUGGAGCGGAAUCAAGAAACUAUCGGCCUCGUUAACUCCAUCAAGGAACACCUCUGUGCUUCUCCAUGCGGUGAAUCACAAACCGAAGGAUCUGUGGCACCGAAGGAUUUGUAAGAUUAUUAAAUCCUUAGUUUCUUUUUUUCUUUCUGUACAGAAUAGUACCGCGCAUGCUUUGUCUUAUGUGCUGUUUCUUUUAGCUAACCAUUUUAUUGGGCGAAUUUUCGGCUCAUGAUUGUACAACAGGAAUUUAUAAAAAUUGUGCAAAGAUUUUCGUCGUUUUUGAAUUUUUUCCAAAAUUGUUGGAAGACUCACACAUGUAAUAGAAGAGAUCCAGACACCUUAUUUGAAAUAUUUAUUACUUCAAAGUA